CAUGGCCUUUUCUUAUUUCUUUGCUCAUCCAAUGUACUUCGUCGGAAAUAUCCUUAAGUAAGCGGCGAAUGCCAAAAAUGAUUUAUGCAAAGACUCUUAGAGUGGUUGUGCAACGAGCAGAAGAUGCUAAGUAUUCAGGUAAAAUGCUGCCUUUAUCACAUGUGGUUAAAUCCCUUUUCAACCACGUUUGGGAUGUCUUGAGCAAUGUCCCAAGCUUUCAGUCAGAAUAUGGGAUUAUCCUUCGGCAUCUAUUGGCGGUCAAAGAUUAUAGUUUGCAAAUGAAGAAGUGCAUUUACCGAAAUUUGGUGCUUCUUUACAUUGAGAAUGUUGAAACAAGCUUGAGCGGGAAUAUUAUUCAUCACAUUUCAAAGGAGGAGGUUUUUCGGUACAUCCUGACACUUCAUUCACUUCUUGAAAAUCCUCCUGGUGACUACCCUAAUAAUGUCAGGGAAGACAUUAUCAAGGGGUUUGUCAAGAUAUGCUCUUAUAUCAGGGAUGAAGGAAAGAUUUCACGCAAGCUUGUUGAGUGUAUUAAUACAUAUUUGUUGAAUGAUGGCCCAAAUUUGGGCUGUCGAUUGUUGGAGAUCCAUAAGGCGUUGCGGCAGUUUGUGUUCCGCUUCUGGCUGACAACACACGAUCGAGUUCUUAAGGAUGCACUUAUGUUCUAUGCAAAGUUACAGUUAAAUUUACUGAGGAGUGUUGAUGAUGAAUGUUCAUUGGUAGAACAACUUCUGGAUGUGGUUUGUAAAGAUCUUGAUCAGGGCAGUAUGUCUAGUUCUUCCAUUCCUUGGGGUGAUGGUAAUAAAGACGAUAGAUUUGGAGCCUUGAGUAGCUCACACUGUGGAUUGGUGGAACUUGCAGCUGUUAUAUUUUAUAGGGCUUGUCUCAAUACAACACAAGCCGUACUAACUGAAAAACGAGUUAAGAAGGAGCCUCCUGCUGUGCUUCUACGGGAUGCACUCAUGAAUGGUAAAUGGUUGUGGAGUGCUGCAUUUUGCUAUCUCACUCGAAACUACCAUUCCCGCAUUAGCAAGGAUCUUUUCUUGUACUGGUUUGAAGGCAUUUGGAUGAGCUUUGACAGAAUUCUGAAUUCUGCAAAUCUGGAGCGUGCUUAUGAUGGAUUGUUGUGGACUCUGCGGUGUUUGCAGGAGCUUUCCUUGGUCCUGUUGCAUCCAAACAAAAUGCUGGAGAUCUCAUCUACGCCAUCUUCUACCUUAAAUGAGUUCGUUAAUGGCUGGCAACUAAUCUGGAGUACCACAGUGCAUGGGUUGCCAAUAUACAGCAAUAUAACUACUAUUGUUGAUGCUGCUUUGGUACUUCUUGGUAACUUAACCUCCAAUGAUCUAAUAAAUGCAUGUGUGAUACCUCAAGAUGUUUGGGAUCUACAAUUAUUUAAAAGGCCACCAUCAAUGUCAACCCUGUAUUUCUUCGUAUGUUACUUUUUGAGGAAGAAUUCUCAUAUUGACCUCCGAGAUAUUUUGUAUUUAAGGAAGAACCUUCUGAGAGCAGCUUUGAGCCAUCUUAAUUGGAAGGGACCUGUAACAUUAAAUGAACAGAUGGUUUUAUUGCUCCCUACUGCUGUGUAUGCUCUUUGUACUGGUCAUGCUCCUUUUACAAAAUUCUUUAAAGAUUUUCCUUUGUUGUCCUACUCUUUGGAUAUUGCUGAGGCUCUAGAUGACUGUCAUAAGAUGGAAAACCCUAAACUCCAGAGUCUACAUGAUUUUUUGGAUUGCUCUGUGGAAGCUCUAACCAAGAUUGACAGCGGUUCUAAAGUUGAGGUUUUCCAACCGCUAAAUAAUCAUCUAGUACAUCUUCCUCGGGAAAUACGUGAUCAGCUAUUGCUUGAAAUGGAGACCUUCAUUCUUGGCUCUCUAGUGACAGAGGAGAUUAAAGAGAGACAAUUACCUGAUGUUUUCUUCUUUUGUUCUCUUGUGGCAAACUUACUCUAUGGGUCAUUUUCCGCUUGGAAAACAAAUGUUGCAUUUCUCUCAAAAUUAAGCCAGUACCUGCUAUCGAUGCUUGAUUAUGCUGUCAAUAUUAUUCAACAAGACAAUGAUUUCCGGUCCCUCAGUUGCCUAAGUAAUGAUUCUACCUGUGAUGAAAGGAGAUCUAUUGUUGCUUCUAUUCGGAGCUUUCUUUCUUCUCCUCUAUUUAAUGAACGGAGAUAUCAAAAUGCAAUGGGGUUUUCCUCAUUAGGAGAGAUAAUCCAGUAUCUAGAGAGACUUUUGAAAGCACUUGUUAGAUUAUAUGAAGAUUAUUCUCAGCGUAUAAUCAACCUCCAGUAUGAGACAAUUGUGCAAGACGUAGCUGCAACUGAUGGUAUUCAAAGUUCUUCGCCAUGUGAUAGCAGCAAAACUAGGAUUAUGGAUGUGGAAUUGGAUGUUAACCAUGGUUCUGGAGAUGUGGAUAUAUUGACAGCUGGAAAAAAUGCUACCAGUGGCAUUGCAUUUUCUGCAGAGAAAUGGAAAAUGGGCAUGAUAUCACUUAUUUCCUGUUUCUUUUGUGUUUCACAAGUUAUUACAUGGGAUAUGCUGUUCAAUUUAUUGGAGAAUGAAUCUGAUCUCAAGGUGAGAGGAAAACUAUUGUACCAUCUCUGUCAGCAUCCUUACUGGUCAUCUUGUACAAAGUUUGUUCAAUUGGUUAAUCUAAUGAAUGAUAUGAUUGAAGAGCAUGUUAAAAUGAAGGUUGAUUGUGAUAAUGUACUGUCUGCUGCCCAUGGUUUACUAUCCACUUUGUCAUCACUGGAUGCAGCUGGUAAAAAAAACUGUGGCCUAUAUUUGAGGGAAGAUGAAACUGAACAGUGCUUUCUAUUACUAGGAAAUUUGGUGCAGAACCUUGCUGAAUUGGAUCUUGAUUGGAUUGGACGCAUGAAACUGGUAGAUUGCAUCUGUGAUCUUGUUCUUCUAAGUCCCCAAAUUGGUCAGACAAUGAUAGAGAGGUUGCUUAUGAUGCUCCAAGACAUGGAUUUUCGAGUAAGGUUAUUCUUGGCAAGAAGGAUUGGUGUUCUUUUCCAGACAUGGAGUGGUCAUGAAGAGCUAUUCCAGGACAUUUGUUCAAAUUUUGGUUUUCCAUUGGUGAUUUAUUCGAAAGGAAAAAUUGUCACAGCAAAGGAGGUACUGGCUGCUGGUUGUCAGUCUGAAACUGCAGUGGAAACCGUCAUCCUUACUCUCAUGCAUCUUGCUUUGCAAAGUGACAAGAUAGAAUUGGAGGCCGUGUUUAUGAUAUGUGUGGUUUCAGCCAUGGACCCUUAUCAUAGGGAAUUGGUGUGCGCCAUACUCGACAAUCUUUCUAAAGAACUCCAGUACCUGACUAGAACGAAGUACUUGGAGGAGCUUUUGGGACCUAUCCUAUUUUGUUGGGUUGCUUGUGGGGUCAGCUUAGUUGCACUUGUUGAGGCAAGAAAUCUUUUUGUGCCAGAUGCUGAACCGGAUCAUUUUCUUCAGUAUUGUUGUCAUUGGCUUCUUCCCUCCUUCCUACUCCAUGAAAACAGUUCUGACCUCAAUUGGGUUGCCAAGGUUACUUGUCAACCAUUGACAGUUCUCAUAAAAAAUCAUUUUGCGUCCAUAUUUUCAGUUUGUAUGGCUUUGCAUUGCAGCAAGAAGGCUGGAUCAGAAAAGGGAAUGCACGUACUUCAGAGCUCCAUUCUGUAUUUUGCUCAGAUGUCUGAGGAUGAACGGGACAAUCUGAUAAAGAGAAAUAUGGUAUCUAUCGUCAGCAACAUUUUAUCUUUGUCCUCUUGUUCACCAGACCCUGUAGUACCUUUCUUUUCCAGAGAGAUUGUGUCAAAUGCAAUUCAAACUGUUGUUGAUGGUUUCAUUGAGAUGGUUGACAAUCAUACAAAUGCUGGCAUUGCUGACAAGAUUAACAUUUUCCGUCCUGAUAGAGUUUUCAUGUUUAUGGUAGAAAUUCAUUAUAAAAUUGCAGCAGCAAUUCAUCAUAGGCAUAAGUGCCAUCGUCUUGCUGGAAUCGAGGUGCUUAUAAAUAUUCUUGCUCAUAGAGCUGCUGUUCCAAGCACAACCUUUUAUGUUUUCAACUUGGUGGGGCCAUUUAUUAGCUGUCCUGCUUUACAAGAGCAAUGUGUGUGUAUAAUUCAUGCAUUAUUGGUACGUUUACGAAAGAAUCCAUCUCCUGAAAUCACCUGUGUGCUUGGGGAACAACUACAGUUUCUGGUUUCCAAGUUAGUGGCAAGUUGUAUUCCUUAUGAAACCAAAGAAGGAUGUCCUAGCACUAAAUCAUCACAAGUUCUAUCUCUUCUCCGUAUGUUAACUGUGGAUUCUGAUCCUUCAAUGUAUGAUUAUAUCAGAGAAUUGGAAUCCUUCCCUGAAUUAGGAAUCUUCGAUGAGAUAAGGCAAUUCCAUGAAGGAUUAUGCCUUGCUUACUCUUUUGGGGACCUGUUAUUGAAGUUUGUGAAGAGGUCAUGCUUUCUUCCACCAAGGAUACUUUUCUCAAGUCUUAAGGCAUUGCACAGCAAGUUAUUGGUUGAAGAAACUCUCAUGAGAGGAGGAACUACUGAAGAUUUUUCCAAAGACAGAUAUUGGCAUGGUGAUCGUGAAAUUGUCCAUGCAAUCUGGAGACUUGUUCGCAUGUGUAGUUCAAAUGAUGCAAGCUGUGUUCGAGAAUUGGUGUCAGAUUUCAUAUCCAGGGUUGGUGCAGGGGACCCACAUUCUGUUGUUUUCCAUUUUCCUGGUGUGACCAGCCAUAUCCAUGUUGGUAAAUUAAUGGAUAUCUGUGAUAAAAUGGAAACUGGUUCUAACAUGGAGACAUGCUUAUCUGAAGAACUCCUGAUUGUCCUUAUGAAAUUUCUAAAGAAGUAUCUGAUGGAUGAUUCUGUGAAGAUUAUUGAUAUGGCAUCACAGACUCUUCGGGGAAUCCUUUCCACUGAAAGAGGCCAGAGUGCUUUACGGUCUUUUGAUUCCUAUGAGAGUUCUCUGAUUGAGGUGCAUUCCAAGGGUGUCAAUAUUGAACUUGUGGAUAAUUUCCUUUUGGACCUGGAAAAGAAGUCAGAAGUUGAGGCAAUUUCACUAGAGAAGUCUUCUGUGUGGUUGACGCAUGGUAAAUCUUUUGAGAUGUGGAUUUGCCCAUUGGCAUAUUCGCUGAUUUUCUACUGCAAUGAUGUGAUACUGAGGUUGUGUCAGGAUAUUGUAUUUCUUAAAGCUGAAGUCGCUGAGCUUCUUUUGCCAAGUAUUUUUGUCAAUAUUGCUGGAAGGAAGGAUGUGGAUAUUGAUCUUCACAAAUUAAUCUCUUUACAGUUGCGAGAGCAUGUUUUUGCUGAGUCCAACAAGUUGACCAAAUCGAUUCAAGUAUUAUUAAAUUGCCUUAAUGAACUUCGCAUCUCUCACGUUGCGGAAAGAUCUUUUGUACAAACAAAGCGAGAAAAUUCCAAGAGUUCAAAGACUUCAAGUUACAGCAACAAAUCACGAUUAACACCAGCGAAGGCAAGAGACCUUUCCAUUGCGUCAAAUGUAUUGGCAAAGUCAGCAUCCUCAUGGGAUAAGGUGUAUUGGUUUUCCGUUGAUUAUCUUUUAGUUGCAAAGUCAGCAGUUAGUUGCGGAUCAUAUUUUGCCUCUGUGAUGUAUGUGGAACAUUGGUGUGAAGAGCAGUUCAAGGUUUUGUCUUUGGGGGGGCCAGAUUUCUCCCACAAGAAAAUGUUGCCAGAUCAUAUUGAAAUACUUGUCUCAGCAGUCACUAGAAUCAAUGAACCUGAUAGCUUAUACGGAAUUCUUCAGUCUCACAAGUUGAGUUCUCAAAUCAUCACUUUUGAGCAUGAGGGAAACUGGGGAAAGGCCCUUGAAUACUAUGACUUGCUUGUAAGAUCAGAUAUUUCAAAACUGGAGGAUAGCAGUUUUUUUAGUUUGCCAUCAGAUCACACGCAAGCAGCAGGUUCUUCAUCUAUUUCCACAACGGUUGAUCAGAUAAGGCAAUUCAAGCCUUACAAAGGGUUGAUUAGAUCGUUACAGCAGAUUGGAUGCACACAUGUUCUGGACUUGUAUUGCCAAGGGUUAACAUCAAGGAAUGACCAGCUUCAGCAUGAUUUAGAGUUUGCUGAAUUGCAGUAUGAGGCUGCUUGGCGUGCUGGGAAUUGGGAUUUCUCUUUACCAUGUACAGGAACUUCUACUCCUUUAAUGCAGAAUACUAAAUGCGAUCAUUUCAACGGCAGUCUACACAGUUGUUUGAGAGCACUCCAGGAGGGGGACUUGAGUGACUUCUGUAGAAAGUUGAAAGAUUCAAAGCAGGAGCUUUUGUGGUCUGUUUCUCAAACAAGUGAAGAGAACACACAGUACAUUUACUCAAAUAUAAUGAAACUUCAGAUGCUUUAUCAUCUUGGCAUGGCAUGGGAUUUACGUUGGAGAUCAUCUCAACAUAAAAGUUCAAAGCUCUGUCUUGAAAAGCAAAGCGUGUCUCCUGAGCCUGCAAUUCCUAGCAUCGAACAGUUGUCAUGGCUGAAUUUGGAUUGGUGCUCAAUUUUGGAACGGAUGCAGCUGCAUAUGCAUCUAUUAGAACCUUUUAUAGCAUUUCGGCGGGUUCUAUUUCAGAUAUUAAGUUGCAGAGAUUAUUCUUUACAACAUCUUCUGCAAUCUGCCUCCACUCUUCGAAAGGGAUCUAGGUUCUCUCAAGCAGCAGCUGCUUUGCAUGAGUUUAAGUUCCUUUGUGUUGAAGCCAAAGGGGAAUCUUCAUCCAUGUAUUGGCUAGGAAGGCUUGAAGAAGCAAAGCUUUUGCGAGCUCAAGGUCAACAUGAGAUGGCUAUCAACCUCGCAAUGUAUAUUUCAGAGAACUAUGGGUCUAAUAACGAGGCUUCAGAUGUAUAUCGGUUGAUUGGGAAGUGGCUGGCAGAAACCAGAUCUAGCAACUCUAGAACAAUUUUAGAGAAGUAUUUGAAAACUGCAGUCUCAAUCACUGAGAAAGUGAACGCUACUGAUAAGAAGUCCAUUGAACGCAAGUGUCAGACUCAUUUUCAUCUUGCACAUUAUGCUGAUGCGCUAUUUAGGAGCCAUGAAGAACGACUCAGCUCUAGUGAGUGGCAAGCAGCAAUGCGGUUAAGGAAACACAAGAAAGUGGAGUUGGAGGCACUUGUAAAAAGAAUAAGGAGCUCAAGAAAGGGGGAGAAGACUGACUGUUCCUUGAAGAUAGUAGAACUGCAAAAGCAAGUAGCUAUGGACGAGGAAGAGGCUCAGAAACUGCAGGAUGACCGAGACAAUUUUCUUAGCCUGGCUUUGGAGGGAUAUAAAUGUUGUUUAGUCACUGGAGACAAGUAUGAUGUGAGAGUGGUGUUUCGUCUAGUUUCCUUGUGGUUCAGUCUCUCUUCCCGAAAAAAUGUAGUGAAUGCUAUGCUUAGCACAAUCAAUGAGGUUCAAUCUUUCAAAUUUUUACCUUUAGUGUACCAAAUUGCUUCUAGAAUGGGUAGCUCAAAGGAUGAUCAGGGAACUUGUAAUUUCCAGUCUGCUUUGGUGUCUCUUGUGAAGAAAAUGGCCAUUGAUCAUCCAUACCAUACAAUACUUCAUCUUUUGGGUCUGGCAAAUGGUGACCGCAUCAAGGGCAAUCAGCGUAGUAGAAGUUCAUUUGUGGUUGAUAUGGACAAAAAACUUGCGGCAGAAAACCUUCUACAUGAGCUAUCGUCUUAUCAUGGAGCUAUUAUCCAACAAACAAGGCAAAUGGUGGAGAUUUAUAUCAAACUUGCUGAGAUGGAAACAAGGAGAGAGGAUACCAAUAAAAGGGUGAUUCUGCCAAGAGAGCUACGUAGUGUUCCAGCAUUGGAACGCGUACCUGUAGUCACAGCUACUGUUCCAAUCGACUAUAGCUGUCAGUAUGAUGGAACUUUUCCUUAUUUCAAAGGACUAGCAGAUUCAGCAACGAUAAUGAAUGGUAUAAAUGCUCCAAAAGUGGUUGAGUGCCUUGGAUCUGAUGGUUCCAGGUAUCGACAACUUGCAAAAUCCGGAAAUGACGACCUAAGACAAGAUGCUGUGAUGGAACAAUUCUUUGGUUUAGUUAACACAUUCCUGAGGAACCACCGAGAUACAUGGAAAAGAAGGUUAAGUAUACGGACCUACAAGGUUGUUCCUUUUACACCAAGUGCCGGUGUUCUUGAGUGGGUCAAUGGCACUCUUCCUCUUGCUGACUAUCUCAUAGGGAGCACCAGAAACGGCGGUGCUCAUUGUCGAUAUGGAGUAGGGGAUUGGGCAUUUCUUAAAUGUAGAGAGCACAUGGCCAAUGAAAGGGACAAACGCAAAGCGUUCCAAGAAGUUUGCAAGAAUUUCAGGCCAGUUAUGCAUCACUUUUUCUUGGAGAGAUUUUUCAAGGCAGCUGAGUGGCUUGAGAAGAGACUAGCCUACACCCGAAGCGUAGCUGCUAGUUCUAUGGUUGGUUACAUAGUUGGCCUCGGUGAUCGACAUUCAAUGAAUAUUUUAAUUGAUCAAGCCUCUGCUGAGGUUGUUCACAUAGAUCUUGGUGUUGCCUUUGAACAAGGUUUGAUGCUUAAGACUCCAGAACGGGUUCCAUUUCGGCUGACAAGAGACAUAAUUGAUGGAAUGGGCAUAACCGGAGUAGAGGGGGUUUUCAGAAGAUGUUGUGAGGAAACUCUUUCUGUUAUGCGAACAAACAAAGAUGCAUUGUUGACAAUUGUUGAAGUUUUUAUCUAUGAUCCUCUUUAUAAGUGGGCCUUAUCUCCUCUAAAAGCCUUGCAGCGUCAGAAGGAAACAGAAGAUGAUUUGGAUACAACUUUCUUGGAACCUCAUGGUGACAACGAAGGAAAUAAGGAUGCUACCCGUGCACUAUUGCGUGUCAAGCAGAAGUUAGAUGGAUACGAAGAAGGUGAAAUGCGGAGUGUACAUGGGCAGGUUCAACAACUCAUUCAAGAUGCAAUUGAUCCUGAGCGAUUGUGCCAAAUGUUUCCUGGUUGGGCAGCUUGGUUAUAGCGUGAACAAGGAAAUCCACGUACAGUUGGCCCUCUGACCGCUGAGUUAUCUUGUAUAGGCGGCAUAUUCCAUUCAUAUUGCAGAGGCUAAUCUUUUCCUUCUCUCUUAUAUGUAAUCUAAACCUGUACAUUGAACCAUACGUCUACAUAUCUUGUUUUUUCUGUUGAGUACGAAAAGGCGAAGCUCCAUGUUACCUGCUUUUUGUCGCAGAGCUGGGAAUUUUGUCAAGUCCCGCCUCGCUUCGCCAACUGCCAGAAGCUGGCGUUGUAGAAAUAUCUUGGUUCUCGUCAUCAGAUACUUUACAUAUCCAAACCAUUAUCCAAUUUUGUGCCUUUUGGGGGAAAAGAAAUAAAGGAUCAGUUGAAUAGUUCUUGGGUGGUUU